CUUUGGUUUAAGAAGAAACAGAAGACCCUAGCCUGUUCCAAUAAGAACCAGUGGCCUUUUUCUUUGCUGUCAGGAGAUGGAACAAACACAGAAGCUGUGGAGCUGCAAAGAUAAGGGCAUCUUUCAAUAUCUAAUCCUGCUGUUUCUUUGGAAAGCAGUUGAUGGGCAGAUUCACUAUUCCAUUCCUGAAGAGAUGCAGAAAGGCUCCUUUGUGGGGAAUAUUGCAGAGGACCUAGGAAUGGAUGGAAAGCACCUUCCAGACCAUGACCUGCGCAUAGUUACUAGAACAGGUAUGGUUCAGUAUUUUUCUCUAAACAUCCACAAUGGUCAUUUACAAACCUCUGAGAGAAUAGACAGAGAGGCAGUCUGUGGACAGGCAGAGAAAUGCAUCUUAAACUUCCAAGUAAUGGUUGAGAGUAAAAGAAAACUAUAUGGAGUUGAAGUGGAAAUUACAGAUAUAAAUGACAAUGCCCCUCACUUCCCUCCUGGAGUACAGGAAGUGAAAGUCAGUGAGAUAGCUAUCCAGGGAUCCCGGUUUCCUCUACCUGAAGCUCAAGAUGAAGAUCUUGGCAUUAAUUCUGUGCAGAGUUACCAGCUCACGGGCAGCAGCCAUUUUUCUCUGGAUGUGAAAAUGGGAGAAAAUGGUGCCAGGCAUGUGGAACUGGUGCUGGAAAAGAAUCUGGACAGGGAAGAGCAAUCAAUGUAUGAACUAAUCCUCACAGCUACUGAUGGAGGAGAUCCAGUCAGGACUGGCACAGCUCAAAUCAAAAUAAUUGUUUUAGAUGUGAAUGACAAUGCGCCAGUCUUCAGUCAACCGCUGUAUGCAGUGAGCAUUGAGGAGAAUAUUCCUAAAGGGUCCACAAUUUGUAAAGUUAGAGCUAUUGAUCUGGAUGAAGGAAUCAAUGGAGAGCUGAAAUACUACUUCAAAAAAGUGAUCAAGAAGGACUCACAUAUGUUUCUUUUAAACUCAACAACUGGCACAAUAACGGUCAUGGGGAACAUUGACUUUGAGUUAUCAUCCUUCUAUGAAUUUGAGGUUUAUGCUGAGGAUUAUGGCGGACUUUCCGACAGGGCAAAGGUUGAGAUUACCGUUACAGAUCUGAACGAUAAUGCCCCUGAGGUAACUGUGACUUUUCUCACAAGCACCAUCCAGGAGAACUCACCAUCUGGAACUGUUAUUGCUAUUUUAAACGUCGAAGAUCGAGAUUCGGGAAUUAAUGGUGAAGUCACAUGCUUAAUUUCCCAAAUACUUCCUUUUCAACUGAAAAAAUCGACAGAUAACUUUUACAGUUUGGUAACGGCCGAUAACCUUGACAGAGAGCAGAGUGAAUCAUACAAUAUCACCGUUUCUGUCACAGAUCAUGGGACACCUCCUCUUUCUGCAGCCAUGGUAAUAACACUUCUCAUUGUAGAUACAAAUGACAACCCUCCUCACUUUCCAAAAUCGGUCUACACAUCGUAUUUCAUGGAAAAUAACCAGAGAGGAGCUUCAGUCUUCUCCCUAACAGCAAACGAUGCAGACGGAGAUGAGAAUGCCAGGAUAACUUAUUCUAUCAUUAAAAGAGAUAUCAAUGAUUCCUCCCUUUCCUCUUACCUUUCUAUUAACUCUGAAAAUGGGAUUAUUUAUGCCCUACGUUCCUUUGAUUAUGAAGAGUUUCAAGAAAUUAAUUUCCUGGUCAAGGCCCAAGAUGGAGGCUCCCCACCCCUCAGCUCCAGUGUGUCUGUGACUCUCUUCGUCUUGGAUCAGAACGACAAUGCUCCAGAAAUCUUGUACCCUUCUACUCCCAGUGAUGGUUCCACUGGAGUAGAGCUGGCCCCCCGCCCCUCUGAGCCCGGCUAUCUGGUCACUAAGGUGGUGGCAGUGGAUGCAGACUCCGCCCAGAAUGCCUGGCUCUCCUAUCAAUUACUCAAGGCCACAGAGCCAGGUCUUUUCACCAUAGGACUCCACACUGGAGAGGUCAGGACAGCCCGUUUCUUUCUAGAGAAGGAUGCUCUUAAGCAAAUCCUGGUGAUUUUAGUGAAGGACAAUGGGCAGCCCCCCCUCUCUGCUUCAGUCACUGUCACUGUGGUGCUGGCUGACAGCAUCCCUGAUGUAUUGACUGACCUCAGCAGCAUCACCGCUCCUGUAGACUCCCAGUCAGACCUCACCUUCUACCUGGUGGUUGCUGUGGCUUUUGUCUCCUGCUUGUUUUUCGCCUUCCUCCUUGUGCUGCUGGUGAUCAGAUUGCACAGGUGGAGAAUCUCUCAGCUCUGUGACUCCCAAAGUGUGAAUUUUACUGGUGUUCCUGUCUCACAGUUCGUGGGGAUUGAUGGCGUUCGAGCUUUUCUUCAUUCUUAUUGCCAGGAAGUCUCUUUGACCACGGACUCUAGGAAAAGCCAGUUCAAUUUUUCCAAGGCAAAUUAUGCCGAUACUCUGACUAACGAUUUGUCUGGUGAGAUAAAGGAUCCUAUCCUAGCUGGUGAAGAUUUUAAUUUAACCAGUGGAGAUCAGAUUGUACUCCAGGUAAGCUAA